UUUUUUUUGUCUUUGUAUUAUUUUUUAAAGAAAAGAGUUUCAACUGUAUUGGGCAAGUAAAAUUCUUCAAAGAAAGUUUUAUUUACAUCAGUUGUCGCAUUAUUCUAGAUGGUAUACAAUUUUUCAUUUAUUAUAUAAAUUAUUUAAAUAUCUGCCAUUAUUAUUAAACCUAAAAAGCUUGGGAGGGGUGAAUUAAGGAAGAACUACCCUUAUGAACAAACUUACCCCUUUAAUAACAACCAUGAGGUAACCUCCUCUUGACUAACAUUUAGUAAGUUUUUUCAAACAAGUGUCUCCAGAUUUCAAAAUUAUUAUUGCAUAUCGUAUCAUGCAAUGAGGCUUGUUUAGAAGCUCUUAAUUUUACUAAUAUUUCCCUCAUAUUAAUGUAGUGCAUUUAAUGACUACAAUUCUCAAUGACUACAAUAAGAAUGAGAUGCUACUUACUAGCAAUAAGAUGUCUUCGCACAAAGUGCUGUGUUAUAUUCGCUUUGUUCAGUUUCAUAUUUCUCCUCGGAAGAAUGUACCAGCUCAGGAGAUAUCAAAUUUUCAGUUCGAUGUUAAAAAAACAUGAAGAUGUUUCUAUAAACGUUUUUACCAAUCUUUCCAAGAGCAGGCAUUUUACAGCUGGUAUGUUCCUCCAGAACUUUGUUCCUCAGAAUUUCAGUUAUUGCAAAUAUAGAUUCGGUCUUCCUAAAACUUUAGAAAUAAAUGAGAGUGACAUCGAGUUUCCACCAGAGCUAAGGGAAGAGAGUGAUUAUAGAAUCAUAUACAACAUUGUGGAGCCUGCUUAUAACACUACAAAGUACGACAACAAUGUGACAUACUGUACUCACGCUACUCCAGAGUUUUUUUAUUAUUUGGCCGAGAUCCUUUACAGAUGGGAAGGCCCAGUGAGCAUUGCGACAUUUGUACCGAGCACAGAUGCAACUUUGAUUUUAUGUAUAUUAGACAGAUUAUGCUCUUGUUUGCCAGACAUGGUAAGAGUAUCCCUUCAUUUUGUCUUUCCAUCAAAAUAUGCACCUAAGCUUUUGUCAUGCCCGCCGUCAAUUGCUGACACACCAAGUUGUAUUGUACCUAAGAUCAUUGUUAACAAAAACAUUCAAACCUUCCGCUACAGUGAAGAAUUGACCUACCCAGUAAAUGUUGCAAGAAAUGCAGCAAGAGUACAAUCACUGACAAAGUAUACUCUUGUUUCUGAUGUUGAAUUGCUUCCUAGUAGGAACCUUGUAACCAAUUUCAUGAAGAUGGUUAAUGCAUUAGAGAAAAACAGCAAAUUUGGAUUGCAAGAAUUUGUAAAUAGGCUUGUGUAUGUUCUACCAGUAUUUGAAGUACAAAGCAAUGAAAUAGUUCCAGAGGUUAAGUCAAAGCUUUUGGAGCUAUAUUCACAAAACCAGGCCUUUUACUUUCACCGCUGGGUUUGCAGCCACUGUCAAAGAUUUCCAGGUUUGCAGAGGUGGCUUCUCAAAAAGAGUAAGGUGUUGGACAACACUAUUCAGCCUUUCUUUGUUGUGAGAAGGGAGUUUCCUUUCCAUAGAUGGGAGCCAGUCUUCAUUGGAACCAAUUCCGAGCCAUUGUAUAGUGAGUUAUUGACUUGGGAAGGUCAACAAGAUAAGAUGACGCAGAUGCAUGAGAUGUGCCUAAUGAAAUACCAUUUUGUCAUUCUUGACGGAGCCUUCAUGGUCCACUCUCCUGGAGUCAAAAGAAAGGUUGAUGUACUAAGGGACAGCUGGAGAAACUUUCAACAAAAGAAAAACAGUUUCUAUUAUGAUCUCAUUAUGAAAAAUAUCAAUGAAAAACAGAAAAAAAAUUCUAGAUGCAAAAUUCACUGAUUGGUUAUUAAUCUUAAGUCAGUGUAAAAGACUGAAUAACUUUUCGAUAUAGUGAUAUCUCUUAAACGUAUUAAUUUUUUUAUGCAGUACUCAGUAUUAUAAAUUGGAGUAUGCAUCUCUUAUAUUAAAUCGUUUAUUAUAUAUACGCUUAAUUAUAACAUGCGUUUUCUGCCUUGAAAUUUUAUGUGAUAAUUUAAACAGAAAAUAACAAUAUCUAAAAACUAUUAAAAUUGUAAGAAUAAAGAUAAUACAACUUGUCCAAUUAAACAAUUUCAUUCUAAAAGUUGUAUUUGAUUUUAUGAGAAUGAAUGGGUUUAUAUUAUAGGCCAGUUUGUUAAAUGACUAUUCUACAAACAAUAAAGAUAAGUACAUAUUAUUGGUGUGGUUUUUGUUGCAAUGAGUUCAGUUUUCUUGUUUAAUCGAGAAAGUAAGCCAAGUAGUUUUUAAAGGCCAAGUUAAAAACAAAGCAAAAUUAAAGGUAAGAUGUGUUAAUAGCAAAUAAAAUUCAAUUUUCAAGCUUACAAUGAUGUGAAGUUGAAAUAUGCUAAAAAUAAAAAAGUUAGAAGAAAUUUUAAAUUUCUUCCAGACUGUUGGUGGAA